AACCCCAAUGUUUUCAGUGUAGUAAUUUAAUAUGAUUUUGUGAGGGCAUAUAUAUAUAUCUAUAUCUAUAUCAUAUUUAUUUAAGCUUUCUGGCACUAUUGACAUGAUGCAGCUCUUUAUAUUUGUGGCUGCGUUUCUUUUUGCGCACGAAAUCACCGAAGCCGUUCCCUCUGACAAGUGCACCUCCCGGUGCGAUGUGAGCUCGUGCCCGAGCCCCAGCUGUCCCGGUGGCUACGUUCCGGACAGAUGUAACUGCUGCCUGGUGUGUUCCCCGCGAGAAGGAGACCCCUGCGGCCGCAAAGACGACCUGCCCUGCGGGGAUGGAUUGGAGUGCAAGUUAUUCGCUGCGGGGAAGCGGCAUCCUCUGUUAGGUCGCCACAUGCGGCUCUCCAGUGGCUCUGGGUUCAUCGUGUCCCACUCAGGUGUGAUUGUGACCAACGCUCAUGUGGUAACCACAGCUGCCUUGGUGACAGGCAGGCCACAGCUGCGUGUUCAGCUCCACGACGGAGACGCAUAUGAAGCCGUGGUGAAAGACAUAGACAGGAAGGCAGACAUUGCUACAAUCAAGGUCAAUCCACAGCAGAAGAAACUUCGCGUGCUGUCUCUGGGCAGUUCGGCUGAUCUGAGGCCAGGAGAGUUUGUGGUUGCCAUUGGCAGCCCUUUCGCCUUGCAGAACACCGUCACCACCGGCAUCGUCAGCACUGCACAAAGAGAUGGCAAAGAGCUGGGCAUAAAGGACUCAGACAUGGACUACAUCCAAACUGAUGCUAUUAUUAACUACGGCAAUUCGGGAGGACCUCUUGUUAACUUGAGAUAUUUUUUAGGCAUCUGGAUGGUCACCAUCACCAAAGCUCUUGUAGAAGAGCUGCGACUUCAUAACCCAGACUUCCCCGACAUCAGUAGUGGAGUUUUGGUGCGGCAAGUCAUACCUAACACUCCAGCAGAAAAAGGAGGGAUUAGGGAAGGUGACGUUAUAGUGAAGUUGAACGCAAAGCCAGUCAGGACCACUGAAGACAUCCAUGAGGUGUUGCAGAGCGACCAGCCACUCCUACUUGAGAUUCGCAGAGGGAACGAUGACUUACUCUUCAAUAUCCACCCACAGCUUUUGGUACAUUGAAAACUGGGAGAAUUGAUAUCUUUUAGUUGUGAAGAGGCAGGACUCAAUAUGUCCAGUACU